GUCAAAGGCUCCGAUCCCUUUGUUGACCCAGAACUUCUACACCCAAACACCACGAUCCCCAGACUUUGAGAACGUUGCUCAAUAUGCCUUCAGACGACUAUUCCACAUUCAGCAGUGGCGGUGCACUCAAGCUCAAAGGCGCCAAAGUAGGCAAGCCCAAGAAAAAGAAGAAGAACAAGCCCGACUUGGAACGCGCUCUUUCCACUUCUGAAGAAGGCAAGGAGUUUGAGCCGAAGCAGAGGGAAGGGAAGGCGCGUGCAAAGUCCACUGAAGGCGAUCAGGGGCAAGGGCAGGAGCAAGAUGAUGAUGAGGAGCCGAUGGAUUACAAGACAGAGGCUGAACGACGGCACGAAGAGGCGAAACGGAAGAAGUUGUUGAAGCUAUCCGAAUCUGCCACCGCAAGGCCCGAGCUACUCAAGACGCAUAAGGAGAGAGUGGAGGAGCUGAAUACAUACCUUAGCCGCCUCAGCGAACAUCAUGACAUGCCGAAGAUCGGCCCGGGUUGAGGAUUUCUCGUGCGUGUGUGGAAAAUGGUCCCGGUUGGUGGUUUGCUGUAUUGGAGGUGUAUACCCUUUGGCGUUGGCGUUGGCGGUUUGGCAGUUUGGGAUAUUGAAACUUUACGUAGAUAUGGUUGGCGAGCGACUUCAAAUAUAAAUUUAUAAAUUAUACUUUCAUUGGCCG